AAAAAAAACACAGAUACAGAGAAACUUUUCUCUAACGACUUUGAUCGUUUCUCUGUCUCUCUUUAUCUCCUCCGUCGGCCGUCGCAACGGUUUCCCGUUGCUUAACGGCGGCGUCGCUGCAUUGCCUUCUCCGUAUAUAAUAAACGAUCUUCAUUUUGUUAACACUCUUCAAUUCCUUCAGAUUAUCAGUAAGCCGGCAAGAUGUUGGGAUAUAUGCUCAAUCGACUCCUUAUCUUGCUUCUGGCAUAUGCAUAUCCAGCUUAUGAAUGCUUCAAAAAUGUCGAGAAGAAUAAACCAGACCUUGAACUACUUCGUUUUUGGUGCCAAUACUGGAUCUUAAUCGCUGCAAUGACUGUUUGGGACCCGUUUGGUGAUUCAAUAAUCGGAUGGCUCCCAAUGUAUAGUGAAGCCAAGUUGGUAUUUUGCGGGACAAAAUAUGUGUAUGAUACUUUCUUGAAACCAUAUAUCACAAAGCAUGAAGCAGAGAUUGAUCGAACCUUGUCGGAAUUGAAAACUAGGGCUGGAGAUUCUGCAUCUCUUUACCUCUCAAGAGUUAUGAGUUAUGCUCAGACAAGGGCUUUUGAUAUUCUUCAAAUAGUUAUGUCACAAUCCAUCCAAAGACCUCCUCAGGCAGCUGCAGCAGCUCCUGCUCCAGCUGCACAAGCGGCACCAGCAGCUGCUUCUGCUGAGUCAGAAGACGCUGGUGGGGCUCGUAACAGGUUGAAGAAAACUGGCGGUGCUGGCGCAGCUCGCUAAAUCUUAGGUAUUAUAUUAUAUGACGGGUCAUCUUCUCCAUGUGUUAGUCUGCAAGUUGUGAUUAUUUAGGCAUUGGAGCUUGAUGUAACCUUUUUGCUCUCUUUAUAUAUUAUAUUAUUCAUUUAAUUACUAA